ACAGUUAUUAAAUAGCAACAGUCCAAUACUGGUAAUAGUUCAAGUUUAAACGCAAGAAACCCACGUUAUUUGAACAUCAAAAUAUGAUAGUUUUAAAAUCAAAUAAAAUGUUCUUACCUCUCUUUUCAAUACUAAUUUACACGUUUGCUUGUUCGUGGAUAACUGCACCCGUCGAGGGGGCUAGAAUAUUAGCUGUGGAGCCGGUAGGAGGUAAAAGUCAAUGGAACUAUAUGAAUGGAGUACUUCGGGCAUUGGUGGACAAAGGCCACAAUGUCACCGUGUUCACGCCAUUCCCUGAGGGAAACCGUGAAAACUAUACAGAAGUGUCCACAUCUACAGAAGCUAUGCAAUUUUUAGCACAAGACCUCAAUGAUAUGAUGGAUACAUUUAGUGAUCCUCUUAAAGUUAUUGGUUUUGCGUCAGCGAUGAGUAGAGAUAUGUGCGACGUAGUUUAUGAAAAUAGUAAAAUGAUAGAGAUUUUAGCUAAUAAACGUACCGAUUUCGACAUAGUUAUAAUUGAACCAACAUUCUCGGAUUGCGUGACAUACGUCGCUGUCAAGUUGAAAUUGCCGCUCAUAUACGUCUACCCAGUACCAACAAUGGGUAUACAAGAACGUUCAUUUACGGGACACCUGUCCAACCCCGCUGUGGUUUCCUUUAACCUGGCAAGUUUUGGUGUUCCAAAAACAUUUUUCCAGAGAACUGCGAAUGUUGCUCUUUUGAUUUACACGACAGCCGUAAGUAAAAUAAAUGAUCUGAUUCUGAAGUACAAAGAACCGAGAGACUACGAUUUGUAUGCAUCCAUCCCACCUUCUUUGAUAUUUGUCAAUAGACAUUUCACAAUGGAACCUGCAAGUCCUAUCCCGUCAAAUGUUGUUGAAAUUGGUGGAAUACAUUUGAAAGCAGCCAAGAAAUUACCAAAAGAUAUAUUAGAAUUCAUUGAACAAUCGCCUCAUGGUGUUGUUUAUUUCACUUUUGGUUCAACUGUUAAAAUGGCUUCAUUGCCAGAAAACACCAAAAAAGCAUUUAUGGAUGCACUCGCACAAAUCCCUCAAAGAGUGUUAUGGAAAUAUGAAGAUGAAAUUGAAAAUUUACCAAAAAAUGUUAUGAUUAAAAAGUGGCUACCUCAACGUGAAAUUCUUUUGCACCCGAAUGUGAAACUCUUCAUCAGUCACGGAGGUAUAUCAGGGUUAUAUGAAACAAUAGAUGGCGGUGUCCCCAUUCUUGGAUUUCCUUUAUUUACUGAUCAGCCAAAAAAUGUUGAUAGUUUGGUCAAUGCAGGAAUGGCGAUUUCUAUGAAUAUUUUGUCCGUAACAAAGGAUGAGUUCUUAAAAAAUGUUUUAGAACUAUUAAACAAUAAAAAGUACAUGAAGAAUGCUAAAACUGCUCAAAAAAUAUUCAGAGAUCGGCCGAUGUCACCAGCAAGCUUAGUCGUGUACUGGACAGAGUAUGUUCUACGUCAUAAGGGUGCUCCCCAUCUGACAUCUCACGCAAUUAACCUACCUUGGUAUCAAUAUUAUCUCUUGGAUCUCAUUGCUUUAGUAUUAGUUUUUAUUGUUGUUGUAUUUUUUGUUUCCUACAGAAUUUUUAAAUCUGUUACUAAAUUCUUUUCAAUUUUUUCUAGAAAUAUUAAAUCGAAAUCUGAAUAGUUUAUAGUACUAAUAUUAUAUAGGUAUUUGUAUACUUUAUGGGACUAAAUUUAUGCCUAAAACCUUAUUUGUGAUGUCCUUUUUAAUUUAAAAAAUACUGCACGACAAUUAAAUAAGUAGGUUUGGAGUUUAUCCCGAACAAAAUAAAGUGACUUCAUUUUAUUUUAUUUUCAAUCCGUGCUCUUGGUGCUUUCGGCAUGAUGAUGAAUUGGCCACUUACCCGAAAUUUAACUCUAUUAGCAUGCCAAUAAACCUUCAUAAGAAGAAUCAAAAAAAUGUUAUCAAACUAAGCACGAACUAUGCUAUAACAAUAAACAAUUAGUAAAUAACAAUAAAAAUCGUUGCCGGGCAACGCGAGAGAUUUU